AUGGCCGCGGCCGCGGCGGGUGGAGCCCCGGGCCCGUGCCCCGGCCCCGCCGCCAGGGCCCCGCCGCCCGCCGCCCCCGGCCCCGGCCCCGCCGCCAGGGCCCCGCCGCAGGCGCUGCGGAGGCGCGGGGACUCGCGGCGCCGCCAGGCCGCGCUCUUCUUUCUCAACAACAUCUCCCUGGACGGGCGGCCCCCGAGCCUGGGCCCGGGCGGGGAGAAGCCCCCGCCGCCGCCGCCGCCGCCGCCGCCGCCCGCCGAGGCCCGCGAGCCGCCCGCGCCCCCGCCGCCGCCGCCGCCACCCCCGGGGCCCGAGCCCGCGCCCGCCCGCGGGGCCCCGCCGCCCGCCGUGCUGCCCGUGCUGCCCGUGCCCGCGGGCCGGCCGUCGGCGCCCCAGGGCCUGCUCAGCCCCGCGCCCGCGCCCCCCGCCGGACUCGGCCUGGGCCUGGGCCUGGGCCUGGACGGGCAGCGCCAGAGAAGGAGAGUUGCCUCCCAGCGCUGCUCCCUCGAGUUUCUGGAAGAUGCGGUGGGAUGUGCCUCCAUCCAAAGAACCAAACACGUAUCUGGAUCCCCGAGACAUAAAGGCCUGAAGAAGACACACUUCAUCAAGAACAUGAGGCAGUACGACACCAGGAACAGCAGGAUUGUCCUGAUCUGUGCCAAGCGGUCCCUGUGUGCAGCCUUCUCGGUCCUGCCCUAUGGAGAAAGCCUGCGGGUCAGUGACCUGAGAGUGGACAGCCAGAAGCAGAGGCAUCCGUCCGGCGGCGUUUCCAUUUCUUCUGAGAUGGUCUUUGAGUUGGAAGGCGUUGAGCUGGGAGCAGAUGGAAAGGUCGUGUCUUAUGCCAAGUUCCUGUACCCCACCAACGCCCUGGUCACACACAAGACCAACAGCCACGGCCUGCCGCCCCAGCCUCGGCCCAGCGUCCCCCGGGCUCUGCCAGGGUCAAGAUACAAACCUGCCCCUGCCAAGUCGGCACCAGCCAGCACGGAACUAGGGGGUGACGCAGGGGACGCCCUGGAGUACAACCCCAACCUCCUGGACGACCCCCAGUGGCCCUGCGGCAAGCACAAGCGGGUCCUCAUCUUCGCGUCGUACAUGACCACGGUGAUAGAGUACGUGAAGCCCUCCGACCUCAAGAAGGACAUGAAUGAGACUUUCCGGGAGAAGUUCCCGCACAUCAAGCUGACGCUGAGCAAAAUUAGGAGUUUGAAACGGGAGAUGCAGAAUCUCUCCGAGGAGUGCAGCCUGGAGCCAGUGACCGUGUCCAUGGCCUACGUGUACUUCGAGAAGCUCGUCCUGCAGGGCAAGCUCAACAAGCAGAACCGCAAGCUGUGCGCGGGGGCGUGUGUGCUGCUCGCAGCCAAGAUCAGCAGUGACCUCCGCAAGAACGAGGUGAAGCAGCUCAUCGACAAGUUAGAAGAAAGGUUUCGCUUCAACAGACGGGAUCUCAUCGGGUUUGAGUUCACAGUGCUCGUGGCCUUGGAGCUCGCUCUCUAUCUCCCCGAGAACCAGGUGUUACCUCACUACAGACGCCUCACGCAGCAGUUCUAGCCAAGGUGGCCUCUGAUGGGAGGAGGCGCUCCAAGCCACAGCCCCCCAGCACACACAUUUGUGGCCGGGGGGGUGUCCCGGGCUCUGAAACGCCUGCCCUCGGCCCCCAUUGCUGCACCCACCUGGCGGGGCCGCUGUGCAGCCUUCACACCCUCGCUUCCUUGGAGGGUCACUGCUUUCAUUCCAGAAGGCACCACACCACCACGGUUUUUCUGAGAAUUGCCUGCAUUCUUACGUGAACAAACUGUGGGGUUUUGUUUGUUUCUUUUUCUUCAUGUGCCUGAGACUGGUCUGGCUGCAGGACCUUUGAUGUCCACUGCGUGGUGGUGAACCCUGACUGUGGUGUGUUUCUCCUUUGCAUCGCCUUGCCUCCUGCAAACCAUCGCAGCCACUGCACUGGUGCCCUGGUGGAGACCUGGUCUCCAGAUCUCCCUGAACACGCUCAAAUGACUGAAGUUAAUGUCUGAAGCAUUCAUCUUGGCUACUUCGGGUUUUCAGAUGUGGAAACACAGCGCUGUGGAACACACCCCGCCCCCAUGGCCUGGCUCCCUCCCAGCCCAGCAAAGCCCUGGGGGUUGUCCACUCGCCCCCCCACAUCCACAAGCAGAGCUCUGGCGUCAGGUUAAGCCAAGAGCAGACUCCUGGUUGGAUUUCAUUUUUAACUCUUGAACCUCUGUUCUUCCGAGCAUCACGUCACUGUGAAAUCCUGAUACCCCAAGUGUCGCACGCUCCAGCCGGCGCCUCGGCACACACUAGCCCACCCUGUGGGGGGUCCAUCCUUCACUGCUCACCAGGAAAAUGCUGCUUGCCCGCGACACUCUGGACCUUCUGGGUGACUGGACUGACGGUGCUUGGUUCUUGAUCUUCCUGGGCAACAUUGUGACGGAGGGAAACAGCGCAUUCAUUGUCACUUGG